AAUUGAAUAAUUCGCUUCGAAACUGUAACCAUUUUGAUGCAAGCCGUAAAAUGAGCACGCAGGCGUCAACAUCUGGAUCCGUCAGAAGAAGUGCCGAAGACUCCAAAACACACUUCAGAGUCUGUCGGUUUAUCAUCGAGACUGGAGUGAAGUUAGGCAUGAGAUCUGUGCCCAUGGCUACAGCAUGUGUGCUGUAUCACAGGUUCUUCCAGUCUGCCAGUCUGCAGGUCUAUGAGCCUUACCUCGUGGCCAUGUCUGCCAUCUACCUCGCAGGCAAAGUAGAAGAGCAGCAUCUCAGGACAAGAGAUAUCAUCAAUGUCUGUCACAGGUAUUUUCACCCAGAAAGUGAACCACUGGAACUGGCUGGGAAGUUCUGGGAGCUGAGGGACAGUAUUGUACAAUGUGAGCUGCUCAUCCUUCGACAGCUUAACUUCCAAGUGUCUUUUGAGCACCCACACAAGUACCUGCUGCAAUACCUGCUCUCUGUGAGGAGUCUUUUGAAUCGCCACGCCUGGUCUCGAACCCCCAUCGCAGAGACGGCCCUGGCUGUAUUAAAAGACAGUUACCAUGGCUCUGUGUGUGUCCGCCAUAAGCCUCAACACCUUGCCCUCACCUCCCUCUGUCUUGCUCUCCAGACAUAUGGAGUGCAGCUCCCCAGAGGAGAACUGGAGUGGUGGCAGGUUGUUUGUGCAGACAUCACCAAGACUCAGAUUGAAACCAUCAUGAGUGAAUUACUGCAGCUCUAUGACAUGGAGGCCAAGUGUACCUGAGAGACAAAGAAUUAAAUGGGUACUAAAACACUUGACAUGGAAACCAACACCUUCGGCUGUAUAUGUUCCUCAGAGACAUUUUGUGACUGCCUGAGAUCUGUGACGAUGAUCUUAACUCAUGCAUUGAGCGUCUUUCUCCUGAUGUUGUGAUUUAACCUAAUGAGCUCUACUUGCUAAUUACAUCACAGAACGUGAAGGUUUCUAAAGGCUCUUCAAGAAUGAUGAGGGGAAUUUAUAUAUAUAUCUCAUUGUAAGUGGCUGUAUGGAAACCAGACUUUAGCUACACCACAUCAAUCAAUUCCCAGCCAGCGACCUACUUUCUUCUCCUUCCUUGUGCUAUUUUUCCUCCUAAAGAGGGGGAGAAAUUAUAAAAAAGGAUGGAAUAGCUAGGAAGAAUGAAACAAAAGAAGAGCCAUCCUGUCCCCAGAGCUAAAUUCUGAGGUAAACGGCUAGAUCUGAGCCAUUUCUUUUAUAUUCGCUAAUUUAAUUACUCUCCUCCUCUCCCUACAGAACUUGUCCCGGUAGGCUUCUUUAUGUAACUCAUUAAAGCAGUAUUACUGUAUGCUGUAAAGCUAAUCAGCACAGUUUUAGUAGACACCAGACUUCUAUUUCAAACUUCAAUAACAACACUUAACUGAUUUUUAAAUUAAUAUUCUCAGCUAAAGAUGAAAAUGAACUGACAAGUUCAUUCAAAGUCUCUAUUUAAAAAUGUAAUUUCUAAUAAACAUUUUUUGCACUAAUGCUUUUUUGAAACAGCACCUGUAAAUAGUCUUUCUUUGUAGAUGUUCUUUUCCAUCUAUGAUGUUCUACUUGAAAUUUAUGGAUCUAGUUAGGUCAGGAUAUUGCUCUAGAGUGGAUCUUAAUAAGUUACUAUGGCAACUGCUAUUGUAGAGGGAGCCUUUGAAACAUACAAAUGUGAGACUCCAUUAUAGCACACCUGUCAAGCUCAGCACAUCAAAUAAUUGCAGUCAGGGAAAUGUACUAAUUUAGUCAUUAUUUACCAAAUCAGUCAUUGCUAACGUGUUAAACAGCUGUUUCCCCUCUAGCUAACUGAAUAGACCGGAGACUGCAACCGUUGUUUUAAGAGUACCCUUGGCAUCAGAUUUCAGUAUGUGCUACAUUUGUUAUCUAGAUCUUG